AGCUACUCCAGGUCCAUGAAGUGGGGCGGCCAUCUGUGCUCUGGAUGGGGCUCUCCCGCCACCUGCGCCCUGGUGCCAAGAGCCUGCAAGCAGAACUGGCCUGCCGACCAGAAGGGGCUUCUCUGCUUUUGCCCAGCAGACCUGAGACACCACCAGAAGGGCCUCCGGCUGCCUCGAUUUCAAGGUUCAUCAUGCCUAGUGGCGUAUAAGAAGACCCCGCCACCGGUCCCUCCACGCACCACAUCGAAGCCGUUCAUCUCCGUCACGGUCCAGAGCAGCACCGAGUCUGCCCAGGACACCUACCUGGACAGCCAGGACCACAAGAGCGAAGUGACGAGCCAGUCCGGCCUGAGCAACUCGUCGGACAGCCUGGACAGCAGUACCCGACCGCCCAGUGUGACACGGGGCGGAGUCACCCCAGCCCCUGAGGCACCUGAGCCACCCCCAAAACAUGCAGCUUUGAAGAGCGAACAAGGGACGCUGACCGGCUCCGAAUCCCACCCUGAGGCCAUUCCCAAAAGGAAACUGUCAUCUAUAGGAAUACAAGUUGACUGCAUUCAGCCAGUGCCAAAAGAGGAGCCCAGUCCCGCUACCAAAUUCCAGUCCAUCGGGGUUCAGGUAGAGGACGACUGGCGAAGCAGCGCCCCCUCUCACAGCAUGUCCUCCCGACGGGACACCGACUCGGAUACCCAGGAUGCCAACGACUCGAGCUGUAAGUCAUCUGAGAGGAGCCUCCCGGACUGCACCCCUCACCCCGACUCCAUCAGCAUCGAUGCCGGCCCCCGGCAGACCCCCAGGAUUGCCCAGAUCAAGCGCAACCUCUCCUAUGGAGACGACAGCGACCCUGCCUUAGAGGCAUCCUCGCUGCCCCCGCCUGACCCCUGGCUGGAGACGUCCUCCAGCUCCCCCGCGGAGCCAGCACAGCCAGGGGCCUGCCGCCGGGACGGCUACUGGUUCUUGAAGCUGCUUCAGGCAGAAACGGAGCGGCUGGAAGGCUGGUGCUGCCAGAUGGACAAGGAGACCAAAGAGAACAGCCUCUCUGAAGAAGUCUUAGGGAAAGUCCUCAGUGCUGUGGGCAGUGCCCAGCUACUGAUGUCACAGAAAUUCCAGCAGUUCCGGGGCCUCUGUGAGCAAAACUUGAACCCUGAUGCCAACCCACGUCCAACAGCCCAGGACCUGGCAGGGUUCUGGGACCUGCUGCAGCUGUCCAUCGAGGACAUCAGCAUGAAGUUUGAUGAACUCUACCACCUCAAGGCCAACAGCUGGCAGCUGGUGGAGACCCCCGAGAAGAGGAAGGAAGAGAAGAAACUACCCCCUCCGGUCCCAAAGAAGCCAGCCAAAUCCAAGCCGGCAGUGAGCCGCGACAAGGCCUCUGACGCUGGGGACAAGCAGCGUCAGGAGGCCCGCAAGAGGCUCCUGGCGGCCAAGCGGGCAGCUUCCGUGCGGCAGAACUCAGCCACGGAGAGUGCGGACAGCAUCGAGAUUUAUGUCCCUGAGGCCCAGACCCGGCUCUGAGACCAGGAAGCAGGAAGCAAACAAUUUUAAGUCAUUAAAAAAAGAAACCUACAAACUAAAUGCAAAAGGAACAAAAAUUUCUCAA